GUUCGUUCCGACGCGACGGCAGACUCGUGCGCAUGCGCCACAUUGCUAGUAAUCACAUAAAUACUAAACGAAUAUAUAUGUGAUUUAAAUACAGUGCAGUAAAAAAUAAAAUUAUAAAGAUAAUGAGAAGCUAGUCAAACAAUGGAGAUACAGAUGUCAUCACCUCUGGGGCGAGCCCACCUCUCUCAUCUUCCGCAACGACCACCAAUAAACCUCAGCUUUCAAGAUUUAUCUUACACCGUAUCCAAUGGAAAAGUAUCCAAGUUUAUCCUGCGCAGCAUUAAUGGAGAGUUUCGAUCUGGGCAAUUAACUGCCAUCUUGGGUCCUUCAGGAGCGGGAAAGAGCACAUUGCUGAAUGUCCUAGCUGGUUACAGAGUUUUAGGUGCUUCGGGGGUAAUCAGCACCAAUGGAAAUCCCAGAGACGUUAAUCUCUUCAGGAAGCUGUCCAGAUAUAUCAUGCAAGAUGAUCUCCUACAGCCCCUCAUCACCGUUCAAGAAGCGAUGUUGAUGGCUGCUGACUUGAAGCUUGGCGAUAACUUGGACAGGGCCAAGAAGACUGUCGUUGUGGAGGAAAUAAUUCAACUUCUCAGACUUAACAAAGCCAGAAACACAGUUACUGAAAAUCUGUCUGGCGGCGAAAGGAAACGUCUUGCCAUUGCUCUGGAAUUGGUUAACAAUCCGCCUGUUAUUUUCCUUGAUGAGCCUACCACAGGAUUAGACGACGUGGCAUCAUCGACUUGCGUAUCGCUAUUAAAACGGGUUGCCCGUGGAGGCCGUACUGUUAUUUGUUCAGUCCACACGCCCUCGGCGCGAUUAUUCUCUGUAUUUGACCAAGUAUACGUUGUAGCUGAUGGCAGAUGCGCUUAUCAGGGAACUUCAGCUGGGGUUGUACCGUUCUUACAGGAAAUAGGCUUACCGUGUCCGACGACGUAUAAUCCAGCUGAUUUUAUAAUUGAAGUAUCAAGUGGAGAAUAUGGAUCCCAUGUUGAUAAAAUGGUACAAGGAGUAGAAAAUGGUCGAUGCCAACGGUGGAAAAGCUACGCUAUAGAAGAGUACCAGCAUGGAGAAGAAGAGAUAGAACAAUUGAAUACAGAGGUGAUAGAGAAACACAAUUACCAUUACGAAAGUACUGGGUACCAGCAGUUCAAGGUGCUGGCUAGACGAAUGGUGUUGCAAACAUUCAGGAAUAGGGGCUACUUGUGGCUUAGGUUCUCUAUGCACCUCUUCAUUGGAACUAUCAUAGGAUCUCUAUUCACGAACAUCGGCUUUGACGGUUCGAAAACGUUAUACAAUUUUGGAUUCUGCUUUGCCUGCAUCCUUGCAAUGUUGUACACACCGAUGAUGCCUAUUUUACUUGCUUUUCCUACAGAAGUGAUGCUUAUAAAACGGGAGUACUUUAACAGAUGGUACGGCCUGAAACCAUACUUUGCGGCCAUGGUUGUAUCAAGGACGCCUGCGACAAUUUUCUUCACUCUUAUAUACUUGGCUAUUGUGUAUCCUGCCACUGCGCAGCCAAUGGAGCUAACGCGAAUUCUGAUGUUCGUUAGUACUUGUAUACUGGUUGCAUUAGUUGCUGAAUCUAUGGGAACUGUUAUAUCUUCUACAUUAAGUAUAGUGAACUCAAUGUUCGUCGGUCCAGUAGUAACAGUUCCUCUCAUGUUAUUAUCAGUAUAUGGUAUUGGUAACGGUGAUGACCCACCUCCUAUAAUUUGGAAGAUGGCAAGGGCCUGUUCUUUCAUGCGAUAUGGACUCGAAGGACUGAUUGUUGCCAUUUAUGGAGACUCGAGGGCAGACCUGGUAUGUCCCGAGGACGUAGAUUAUUGCGAAUAUAAAAAUGUUAAGUAUUUCGUCAAGCUAAUGGGUAUGUCUCAAGUAUGCUAUUGGUUUGACAUGUGCAUGUUAUUCGUUAUGCUGCUCACAUUGAACCUAGUGGCUUACUACUUGCUACGUCAAAGACUUUCGCCUAACUACGCCUUUAGAGCUAUUAAACUUAUUGGCAGAUUUAUCAAGAACAGAAUGAACAGUUCACAUUAGAAAGUAUUUUGUACGACUUUCAUUGAAACAUUUUAAGCAAUUGUGAACCCUCAGUUUUAAAAACUAUGGUUUCAAUUCGCUUGCGUGUUAAGCGUUAUUUAAAACAAGAUCACAACUCUUUGUAUAAUAGUUGAAUUUCACCGAAAAGCCGCAUUACUUUCAUCACAUAUCUCUGAAGUUGAUGAAAUUUGCCAAAGUUAUACUUACAAAUAAAAAAGGAAAAAUAGGUUAUGAGGAAUAUGUAUUACGUAAAUAUGUUAUCGUUUUAUUGUAAGUUAAUUUUAUUGUUUUAAUUAUCCAUGCUAAUUUGGAGUUCCCUUACUUUGACUGUUUUCAGACAACAUUUGUUGCCUUUUUUAUAUACACGACGUAGUUAAUAUUUAAUAUCAAUUGCGCUUAAAGUUGGCUUAAAGAAAACGUUAAUUGAUACAAUAAUUUAUAAAUCUGAUAUGUAAAUGACGAAAGUGUAUUUUCGCACAGAAAAAAUUUAAAUUAUUUAAUUAUAUAUAUAUUAUACGUAACGAGGUUACGCCAGUGUGAUAUUUACAUUAAGUUUUAGGAAUAUAAAGGUUAAAUUUUUAUUUACGAAAGUUUUUUAAUAGUUUAAUUUAAGAAAUUAUCUAUAGCUAGAAUUGGAACGUUAUUGGUGCUUAAAAAUAUAUUUUCCAUGAACUCCCUAUUCAUAAAAAACUUAAUCAGUGUAAUUUCACUAUUUUAACUAAAGUUCUCUUUCGUCCCUUUCUGUCAAAUUGUCUUUAAAGUGGGAUAAAAUAAGGCAUAUUUUUAGUUAGAAAUCUGUACAAUUGAUAUAUUGUAUAUUUAAAAAUAAAGGGGGUAAAAGUUUACGGAGUUGACGUUCUAUUCCCUACCAAUAAUAUUUUUAUUGUAUGUACGUUAGAGAAUGAAAUAUAAAUUACAUGAGUUAACACAAUUUUUAAGUUUUGUCUUUCUUUCACUGUUACAACAUCACAAAAAAUAAUUUUUGUAUUUUAUUAAAUCCGAUUAGUCUAUAGUUUUAAGGUGUCUUUACAGAAAUACAUUUAAAUUAUCUCUUUUCAUUUUAUUUACGUAACAAAAUGGGAUUGUAUAAGGAAUUAAAUAUCAUUUUUUUUUUCUUACGAUGUUUUUAUUAACACCAAAGUUCAAUACGAGUCAAUGCCAAACGUCUGGGAGUUUGUUAAAUAAAACUUUAGUAAAUCAAUAUUCUUUAUAAUAAACAAUUUUCUCACUAUGUUGAACAAAUUUAGAAAAAUCAUAUACAUUAAAUCUUGACUAGGAAUACGCCAAUAUAUUUUUAUUGUGGUUAUUAUGUAAAUUUCAGACAAAUUAAAAUAAUCAGACAUACAAAUCUGUCUCGAUUAUAUUUCACAAAGAUUUUACUUAUAUAUAUUAAAGCAUAGUUACUGGAUAAGUGUGGAAUAUACCAAUAUAAUAAAAUGUCCUAAAUCAAUAGAGACAGAAAAUAUUUAUUACAACAGUUAAAAAAAAAUAAUAUUAUAAGAGUAACACAAAUGCAUAUAUAGUAUCCAUGUAA